AUGUUUUAUUCAUUGCCAAGCAUACUCUUGGUGUUGGGGCUCUUCCCUGCCAGUUAUCAACUCACUAAGGACUACUGUGAGGCGGAUUACUGUGAGCCAGGAUUGAAGAAUGUGGGCUGCAAUCCACCACCAAAAGAAGGAGGACCGGCGUGCCGUGGAAAGCAAACGAUCAAUGCGAAUUUAACCAUCGUUGGACAAACGUUUAUUCUACACGAACACAACAGGUUGCGAUCGCAGCUUGCAAGUGGCCAGCUGGGAUCGUUUGCACCCGCCGCCCGUAUGCCACUGCUCGUGUGGGACAGUGAGCUUGCGGACCAAGCUGCACACAACGCGCGUUCUUGCCUCUUUGACCAUGACGAAUGUAGAAAUACGGAACAGUUUCGGUUCGUGGGACAAAACAUCGCCAUAUAUCAGUACAUGGGUCCACGGAAGAGCUUAAAGGAGCUGAUGGGUAAGGAAAUUCUUCAAUGGUGGAGUGAGCAUAACGUAACGACACAGCAACAUUUGGACAAGUUUCCCUCCGAAGAACCAGAGCCCGAAAUCGGACACUUCACGCAGAUGGUUAGUGAUCGUACGUGGAAGAUUGGAUGCUCCGCGCAACAGUGGAUCGGCAGUGAGGAGGAAUACAAUGAGUUCUACUUCGUGUGUAACUACUCGUUUACCAACAUGAUUGGACAGCCGGUGUACGUGAAGGGGAAACCGGCGUCCCGAUGCGUUUCUGGUGAAAACAAACUGUAUCCUGGGCUGUGUUCGAUCCACGAACGCAUUUACUCUACACCGACUGCGAUUGCGAAUUAA